AUGGUUAUCUCCGCCACUGCUGACAAGAUCCGCGCUGGCCAGGCCCCGGCAUUCGAAGACUCUUUGGAGUAUGCACAAUCACUCGACGCCUCAGACUCUCUCAGACACCUUCGUGAUGACUACCUGUUUCCCACCAAGGCCUCCCUCAAGAGCAAGUCGUUGCAGAAGGAAGAUGAGUCGUGUAUUUACUUCUGUGGAAACUCGCUGGGCCUGCAGUCCAGGACAACCCGCCGGUUCAUCAAUGCACAGCUCGACACGUGGGCCGCCAUCGGAGUCAACGGCCACUUCGUAGACCUGGAGAACUCGCCCCUGGUGAACUGGCAGGACAUGUCUGCCGAUUGUGCGCGCAAGUCUGCCGACUUCAUGGGCGCCCUCCCCAGCGAGAUCGUCUACAUGAACACCCUCACCGUCAACAUCCACAUGCUGCUGGCCUCCUUCUACCGCCCUACCCAGAAGCGCCACAAGAUCAUCCUCGAGUGGAAACCCUUCCCCAGCGACUACUACGCCAUCUCCUCGCACAUCCGCUGGCACAACCUCGACCCUGCCCAGUCCAUGGUCGAGGUCUGGCCCCCAGAGGAGAACCUGUACAUCUCGACGGCCCAGAUCCUCGCUACUAUCGAUGCGCACGCUGACGAGACCGCCGUCAUUCUUCUUCCCGGAAUCCAGUACUACAGCGGCCAGUUCUUUGACAUUCCUACCAUCACGAAAUACGCACAAGACCGCGGCAUUGUCGUCGGCUGGGACCUCGCCCACGCAGCCGGCAACGUCGACCUCAAGCUGCACGACUGGAACGUCGAUUUUGCCAUGUGGUGCACUUACAAGUACAUCAACGCUGGGCCGGGUUCCAUCGCCGGGGCCUUUGUCCACGACCGUCACGGCAAGGUCGAGUGGACCACUGGGGCCGAGAGCGAAGACGGGCAGCCAAAACCAACCUUUCGCCCUCGUUUGAGCGGCUGGUACGGCGGCGACCAGAGCGUGCGCUUCCAGAUGGCCAAGCAGUUCCAGCCGACACCGGGAGCAAGCGGGUUUCAGGCCGGAAACCCGUCCGCCCUGGACCUCGCCGCCCUCAGCGGGUCCCUGACCAAAUUUGAGGAGGCUGGGUUCCAGAACCUUCGCAGCAAGAGCCUCGUGCUGACUGCGUAUGCCGAGUACAUGCUGUACCGCAUCCUGGCCGAUGAGAAGAAGGGUGACGCCGUCGACGAUAAGCCGGCCUUUAUGAUCAUCACGCCAUCCAGCCCGGCUGAGCGAGGCGCGCAGCUCAGUGUGCUGCUGAGGGAGGGCCUCCUGGACAAGAUCCUGGCCGACUUCCAGGAGAAGGCCAUCAUCUGUGACAAGCGCAAACCCGAUGUCAUCCGUGUGGCGCCUGUGCCUAUGUAUAACAGCUUUGAGGAUGUGUGGAGGUUCAUGGAGGCCCUGAGAUUAGCCCUUGGUAUAACCAAGCAAUAGAAGAAAGGGAAUGAGCCACGAGAUUGAUUACAUAUAAAAAUAUAGAUUUAUCAUAUAUACACACG